GCCCCUCCGCGGCCCAGAUUUCCUGUUUCCGAGUGGAGCAGCAGCAGCAGGAGGAGUAGCAGAAGUAGCAGAAGCAGGCAAGGAAGGAAGCAAGUAAGGCAGGCAAAAGCCAGGACUCUCGUAGCGAGCACAGCUUCAACAAUCGACGGGUCGACCGUGGGAACUAAGCUUCACAGACAGAGCGAGGGCGGGUGUUGUUUUUUGGUCUCUGACUCUGCCUCUGAGUGCACGGAAAUGGAAAUCCCGCUCAAGAUAAGCUCAGACUGAUCGUGCCGCGGCUACCGUGUUUGUAGGUUUUUGUGUGUGUGUGUGUUGGUGGUGGUGUUUUUUGCAAGGGAAAACGCUUAAUCACAUGAAGGACCGCUUUGCAGAUAAGGACUGUUCGUCUGAGGAGCUGCAAACAUUGCACAGUUUUUGGCAGGACUCGUGCUGCGUAGCACCAGCCUAUUACACUCUUUGUGGUCGAGAUUCAAAAUCCUGGGCCUGCAUACAGUCAGCUUGCCUCUUAAGCACGUCUAAGGUAUUAACGUUCGAAAGGAGGAGCUGCAAAGCUCUUUACUAUGGGGUAUAAUGGGAGAGAGUUUCGUGAACCAUAUAAAAUGGUAGGGACAAGCAAUGUUUUGGCUUCAUUUGCAGGUGGCGAAAGCCUCGCUGCGAGCAUGUCAAACUUGUCUGUUACUGCUCGAGAUCAGAGUAAAUCUGGAUCCAACGAUACCCCUGGCUAUUCUAGCAGUCAGAGUCCCCCAUUGUUAUCCUCACAAAGCCAAUCCAACCUCUCUCAGUCAACAUCUACUUCUUUAUCCCUAGCACGUACGAACCUCAAUCCUAAUGCAGCGGUAUUUGUUCCCAAGACUUACAACGCCCUCUCACCUGGAAGUGUUGCUCAAGUUUGGGAGUCGCAGAAAUCUCCUACUUUCGCAGCCAGUGGGGACAAAGAGACUGCAGGCUCAAGAUUGAAUAGAACAAAUUCAAGCAACUCAAAUGCUUCAGACGACGAAUAUAGAAGAUUCUGUCGUGCACAGCUUCCAGAAGAUCUCAUGCCUGAUUUUGAUUUUGGGGAUUUUGUGGAGAAUGCAGAGUAUGAAGAGCCUGGAUCUCUUGAUGUUCCUGGUCGGAGUCAUAUUCCCGCCAGCUGGACUGGUGGUGCUGGAAAUGUUGUACCAGGAGAACAUUUCACUUACGACGACAGAGCUCAUCAGAAUGUGUCUAGAGCCCCCACCUACAAUCCUUCUGGAACAGUCACCGCUCGGUACAAUGGUUCAGAGGGUUCAACCUCUUCCUUGGGACCUGGCUUUGUGAGGCCAUACAUGCCAGAGCUACGGUCUUCUGUUCAGCAAAUGAGUCGUGAUAGGCAGUCCGCUUGGACUGAUAACAACGAAACAGUGACUGCAUUCUCUGAAUGGGGUGGAUCUGAUCUUGCGUUUCCGGAAGAUUUAACCCAGGUUGUCGACCCUGUUACUAUUCUUGCUAAUGAGUUUCCAGGGUUUGCCUCUGAUAGUCUUGCCGAGAUUUACUACGCCAAUGGUGGUGAUUUGGCUCUUACGGUGGACAUGCUUACCGAGCUUGAGCUGCAAAAUGAAGGCACCUCGGCAAAGCAAUUCCAGGCACCACCUGCGCCUGCACCUCCUUCGCCACGAGAUUUUCCAGUUCUACCAGGACUUGAGAACAUUUCUGGAAGAGCAUCUCUGAGAGAAUCUAGAUCUGUACCUGAUUUUGCUGCAGCUGUGAGGAAGCAAGUAGCGCAACAGGCUGCUCAGCUGCAGUUUGAGAGAAAUGGUGGCGUGGAUCUCUCUCUUAGUGCUGGACGGGGUUUGUCUCAAGGUCCAGGAGCUGGUGGGUAUUCGAGAGAAGCGAGGGUUUCCCACAAUGAAAGGUUGGAACCGUUUCACAUGCAUGGACAUGACGUUCAGACUUCUGUACCGUGGUUGGAGACAGGAGAAUCUGUGGGAAACAUGUAUUCCGACAUGAGAGAGGAAGCUCGUGAUCACGCACGUGUCCGAAAUGCCUAUUUUGAGCAGGCAAGACAAGCAUAUCUUGCAGGAAACAAAGCUCUGGCAAAAGAAUUGAGUGCAAAGGGACAGUGGCACAAUGAGCAAAUGAAAGCUGCACACAAUAAGGCUGGGGAGGCCAUCUUCUGGCAAAGAAAUUCAAAUGCCUAUAUCAAUAACUCUCUAGGGCAGCGAUUGAUAGACUUACACGGCCUGCAUGUGGGUGAAGCAAUCCCGUUGUUGAAACGUGAGAUUGCGCAGUUGAAAUACAACGUAAGAAACACCAGGCAGCGAGAAACUGUCUUCAUCUGUGUGGGCACAGGACACCAUACAAAGGGUUCGCGAACACCAUCUAGGUUACCAGCAGCUGUGCAGAAAUACUUGCUUGAGGAGGAGCAUUUACAAUUUACAGAACCCCAAGCCGGCAUGCUUCGCAUCAUCAUAAGAUGACGGAGUUUGUCUUUGUCUUAUACUGUAUUUCAGCUUUUGGCUGGAGAAGCAAGUCCUUGGGCCGUGUCACAUGGCCCUGCAAAGUUAGGCAAGUACAUUUAACAACUGCUACUGUUUGUAGAUGAAUCCGUAGGGUUUUCCCUUGGGCUCUUAUGUGAUCCUUUUUCACUAGCCACUGGGUUUUAGUAGAGCAGCCCUUGCAUAGAGGGUAUACUUAAACAGUGCUAUGUCACUGUCAGUAUAAUAUUUCCAUGUUGUGCAGCUUAAUAUGGUCAGGCACUCUUUUGUACGUGUAACGUUUGUCAACCUACAUCUUUUAGAGACGAGGUUAUAGCGAUAUGCAUUGAGUGGACUGUUGCCUAAGGCUUGAAAUAGGUCUCUCAGUAGGGUCGUCAAAAAACAUGUGACCAAUGAGGGAGUCUUAUAGUAUGGUGCCUAUUUUUUCAACUGCAGUUAACUCAGUGUCUCAGAAGUCUCAGUAGUCUUUGCAGUGCUCUUUCCUUGCUGCAAUGAUUUUCCUGUACAGUCAACUCAAUGUCACUUUGGCAUGGACGUUUUCUUACUGCAAGCGUUGAGCUCUGAGACUCUGCAGGUUUAGAUAGGUUUGGACAGAUGAAGUGAUUGUACAUACCGUAUACAAUCAUACUACAUCCAGGUCUGCUUAUUGUAAAUCAUUCAUUGAUGGAAACGUUAGUUUUCCUUGGCCUGCAUAGACACAGGGCUGAGCAGCCCCCAUUCAUGUGA